AUGCCUCGAGCAAAGGGUUUCGCAGAUCCCAAUGCCAAAGAGGUCAAGAAAGAACGCGACAAACAAGUCCUCCAGGCCAAGCGUGAGGCCCAAAACCAACUCCGCAAAGACGUGAACGACUGGAUCAAGGACAGCGCCCCUGCCCAGUUCCAGCUCGACAUGGCCAACAAGAAUGAAGUCGAUCUCGAGCCGCUCGGACAGACACUGCGCGCGUUGCACAAGUGGGCGAGGGCUGGUUUGCCAAUGAAGGCGAAGGGAGAGAGCGACAAUGGUGGUAACGAUGAUGGUGGUGACAAUGGGAAAGGUGGUGUGUUUGGACCUGACGGGUGGCAACGUUAUAAAUAUGCCGAGUUCCCUUUCAAUGCGCCGCCAAGACAAUCGCUUCCAGUUGCCAACUUCCCAGCCGGCCUCAACCCGGAGGCACCUCCUUUCGUCGUGGCUUCGCAGAGAAGUCAAUCUCAGGAUGUACCUCCCUCUCUCGCCGUUCCGCAUGGCAGUCGACCCGAAGAUGCUAGUCCCUACGCUGGCUUCUAUCCUCGCCCAGGACAGCAGUCGGCGACGACCUUCGCUCCCGUCGGCCCUGUGACCGCUCCUGGAUUCAUACAGGUUCCCGAUGUCCUACAAAGCCAGGCUGCUUCUCGUUCAAGCACAGAUCCUUCACGCGCACCCAUCCAGGUCACCGAGUCGGUUCUAGCUCCUGUGUUCGGCGCGUCUCAAAGUCCUCUGGUCUCCGAUAUCCCGGCUCCUUCACCGGUAGUAAAAGAGAAUGUGCCCAUCUCCACUGAGCCUGUCAGCCGCCGCAUCGAGCUCUCACAAUCACACGCAGGCACCAAUACCGCCCCUCGUCGUCCGCCCGUCGUAGCUGCCGACCGAAACACGAAUCGCACCAACGUCACCCAACCAGCUCUACCGCUUACAGCACCGAGAGGCCAGGAGAUCACCCAGGUGCCGUCACUUCGAGUCCGAGAUACCCUCCGCCGCGCGGGCCUUGCACAACCACGUUUCCCACUGCGCUUCACCAACCAGCUUCUCUACAACACUGCUCGCGUCGGUCCUGCACCCAACACCCCAGUCGCGCCAGACCUGAGCGACAUCGACGAGCUAGUAAACCUGCACAAUCGCUUCGCGCGGCUGGGUAUGGCCAUGGGCGAGCUCUUGCGGGAUGUCUCUAACAUUACUGAGGAGCGUCGGCGGGUACUUAAUGAGGCAAAUAUGCUGCAAGACCUGCACCGAAUCGAAGCUCAGCUUGCUAAUACAGCAGUUGCAGUGGAGAAUGAGGCUGGCCAGACGGUGAUGGCGAGGAAUGUCGGAGAGGACAUUGAGGAUUUGAUCAGGCGCUUGACGCGAGAUUCUGACGACGCCAGUGACCAGUAA